AUACAAUCGUUUGACUGUCACCGUGGAUACUACGCGACUGCCGCUUCCUCAUCACUCAUAAUAUCGAGACUCAGAGAAUCUGCGCUUCCCAUCACGAAACAGGUCUCCUGGAAGAACAAAAUCCGUUCACCACAACGCUUUUUCAUGGUGUAGACUCUCUCUGGGCGUUGCACAACCUUCUGGAUCGCUGGGACUUGACCGUACUCAACGAAGCCUUCAACGCCAUCGAAUAGCUACGGCCACUUUGCGACAUGCCACGACGAUCAACAUAGAAGGCACCACCCUGGGUAUAGAAGUCUGGAAAUGACAGACGUACCUUCAACUAAUGGCACCUCAAUCGGAGCCAACGCCCCAGCGUUCGAUACAGCCAACAUACUGCAGGCUCUAGAACUCAUCCACAACCCUUCAACAAAAAACGAUGUCCGUAGACAAGCCUCGGAAUUCUUGGAGAACCUCAAAGGAAGCAAUGAAGCACCUCAAUAUGGCUUCAAUCUCUCCACAGAUCGAUCACAGCCGCCCCUUGUCCGCCAUUUUGGUCUAUCUUUGUUGAGCCAUGUCAUUCACCAUGAAGCACAUCACCUAUCAGAAGAACAGAAUGCUCAACUACGCGAUUGUGUGCUCGAUCUUGGCCGAUCCAUCACGUCCUCAGACUUACCAUUCAUUCGCAACAAGAUCGCCGAGCUGUGGAUCGAGCUGGCUAAGCGGAGUUGGGCAUUGGACUGGUUCAAUCUGGACGAACAGCUCGUCCACUUAUGGUCUCAAGAUCUAGUCCACAAGGAUUUUGUCCUUACGAUACUGGAGAAUCUUUCCGAAGACGUCUUUGUUCGUGAUGACAACAUCGCCAUACUUCGCGGCCGUGACCUCAAUACCGCUCUCGUGGAGGUCUUCACCUCUAGCUCCACCUUUGCGGGCGGAAUCAAGGUCGGUGACAGAGUGCACCAUGUACGAUUCGGAGACGAAGGAUGGCUGGCCAGAAUCAAGAUAUUCCUGGACGACUGUUUGAAGAGCUCGGUAAGCAGUCCGGUGAAAGAUACCGCGCUCAGAGGCUUGGCCACGCUGCGUACAGCCUUUGUCUGGGUCAUGACACCAGCAGUUGUGCACUCUAUGACGCUGGCAGUUACUUGCAACUUUUUGACCCAAUCAGAUCCGGACGUGGUCCUGGCAGCUGUUGAUGUCCUGCUCUCUCUGUACGGGAGAACGCGCUUGGAAGAACUUGAGGUUCAGGCUCUAGUCCAUCCUCUCACUCAGCCUGACAGCAUCUCAACAUUUCGCCACCUCUAUUCGUGGUCCAUUGUUUCGGUGGAAGACAUUGACAGCAGCAAAUAUGUCAUUUCCAAGAAGCUGUCCGAGCUGAUGUCUCUCUUAUCAGAUCAUGUAUGCCAAUAUGCGCCUCCAGAUGGCGGCAAUUUCGACGUGGGACCGUUCUUACAAUUCCUCAUUGCGGUUGCUGAACAUCAAAGUCUAAUCGUGUCAAUUCCCGUCGUGCACUCAUGGGUCAAAAUACUGGAGGUGCCUCUCUGGAGGAAGAUACCAGCGGUCUUGCAGUGCAUUGGCCCCCUCCUGCAGUUGGUGUCACAACGGCUGAUUCAAUACGACCAACUCCCAGAAGAUACUCUGGAGCCUGCUGUCAUCUUUGUCAACGAAGAAAUUGAGCUCUUUCCCGAGCGGCAAGGCUUCUACGCAAACUACCGCAGGCUGUGUUCCGCUGUUCUGGAGUGGAUCUGCUAUGCUCAGCUGGAGGAGGCCAUGGAAGCAGUCCUAAGACGGGCAGAUGUACUCUUGGAUGAGAUUCAUGCGGAUGAGGACCACUUCGACCCCGAGACAUAUGAAAGAGUCUCCAUGACUUCCCUUAGAGCGGACGCCUACUUUGCAAUGGUUGAUGCUGCUUUCAAAGGGCUUGAUCGCUGGCAGGCCAUGCAUCAGGAAAAUCCAACUCCCGAAGAAGAGCAACUAGCUCGCAGAGUCAGAGAGUCGUCGAAAGCAUGGAUGCUGAACUUGAUGAGCCAACGCGACUUCAAGGAUCCGCAGAUCCGACAACGCCAGAUUAGGACAGCCGUCGAAGUAUCGAACCGAGCUUUACAGAAGGACACUGGGUUUGCAUUCAACGUUCUUGAACACAUCUUAUCGUCAUUCAUCAUCAACCACCAUCCGCACCAGCAGGUCUAUUCUGAAGCUGUUGCUGAAUUGCACGGUUAUGCAACAUCGGAGUUGAGGCGAUUAUCACUUCAGCAUGCAGACUACUUUGUUACCUUCUACGACCAGCUUCAAGGCAAGUUCACCGACCUCAUCAAUCAACUCGGGGCAGAUGAACGACUGCAAAUUGACCUGAAGUCAACACUGUUCUCGGUCAUACAGCGUGCGACCACAGUAGGCUACGCUGAGCGUCAAGCCAAAUUGCAAGAGUUCCUUUCUCCGCUUGCCGCUUCAUGGGCGGAUGAGAGCCUGCAGGCUAUGUUACAAAGCUUCGAAUCUUUUGCCCACUCACAAGCUUUCGAUCAAAUCGCACCAUAUAUGGCCUCGAUAGGAGCAGGCAAUGUAGAAGACUGGUCUCAGGCCUUCUAUGAUGACCGCGGUGCAAUGAUUCAACAAGACAUGCUGGCUGGCUAUGCAAAGCUGCCUCUGAGAGAGUCAAGGAUACUGCUGAGCAUAUCAACCGAUAGACUGGAUGAAGGUUCACCACUUCAGAAAAUGGUAUGCGAGUUGUGGUCGCCAUUGAUGCCGAGCAUGUUGAGCCAUGUCUUCCGUCUUACAAGAUACAAUCAUCAACUACACAAUCCAGCUUCGUGGCCGAAUACUAGCCCAGACAUGGACCCAGUCAUUCGUCGGAUAUUGCGGGAUCGAUACUGGCAAUCAGGUAUAUCGUCUGGGUCGAUGAACCAGUUCCACAGCCAGGUCAAGUCGACCAAAUCGACAUUGGAAGGCUUCGCCUCGUCUGUCCGUGGGCGAAUACGUAACAACCUUGAACAGUGUUACAGCAUUAUUCAUACGUUGGGCAGACUAGGUUCAGCCUUUUAUGGCUUGCAGCAGGUCGCAGAGAUGAUUGCAGAAGCUGCGCUAGACUCUGCAUCACCGUUGAGCCCGCAUCACUUUGCCGUGCUAAUUCAAAUGCUGCCAAAACUGAUCGACGAAUGUCCGCCUGAGUUGCGGCAAUCAUUCCUGACUCCGAUCCUUUCCUCACUACUGCAACAAAUGGACACCAAGCUUUCGAACGACUGGGUCAAGAUGACUGAGAUAAAGCAGACCAAACAUGACGAGGAAAACCUGAACGAUGAGAUGAGAGACGACUCCGUCCUGCGGCAGACUACAUACAAGGCCGUCAACUUGGUGGCGCACUGGAUCAACCCGAAGCGAGAAGAACAACUCAGCACGAAAAAGUCGAUUGUUAAUGGCAAUCACUUGACACAAGGCACCCAGCAGACCAUGAGGGAGUUCAUUCUGUCUAAUUUGCACGUCCUGGAUCGCCUAAUCGUCUUCAUCACCCAUGCGCUUGCUUUUCGCGAUACUCGGUCAUGCACCACCAUGCUUGGGGCUGCGCAACGUCUCGUACUGAGUUUCGCAUCCGACCAUUUCCUCUCCGGCCAGGAAGCGGCUGCGGUGCGUGAAUUUAUUUCGACAGACAUGCUGAAGACGGCAAUCACAUGUUUGAAUGAUGGGUAUUUUGCCGACCAGCAGAAAGAAUACGCUCAUCUGAUCGCCAUGAUCUGGUUGUCAUACGGUCUGCCCGCUCACGUCCCAGCCACGGAGUCCGCGCCGGCUCACGAUCGUCCGGCUUUGACGGCGACGCCUAGAAGUGUCAUACUCAGUCUACCUGGCAUGACGGAGGCGAAGGUCGACAAAGCAGCUGCGCAACUCCUCCAAGAAGGAGCGAGUGGUGCUCGGUCGAAGAAGCUUCGUGCGGUCAUCCUGUCGUUGUUGGAGGGUGUUCGCGGCGUCAGACUAAGUGAGCUCGGCAAGAUUGACAUGCGGCAGCAGCAGUCGAAGAUCUUGGAAAAGUACAAGCAGCGCGAGUUAUUGGGAAUGCAGGGCAUGGAGGGACAGUCUGGUGGCUCCGGGGCCCAAGACGACGGCGUUGACUUGGGUGGUGUGGCUGACAUGUUUGCGGGCUAGGAGCUGCUUGAUGAUGUCGGCUGGCUAGGCAUGAAAUCUGGCACAAAAGGCUUGAGGCGAAGAGCUUCUUCGAUCUGAACGCGUUGUUCAGGGUGGCCUGUGGCACUUUCGGUUCCUCGGGUACGAAAAAUCUCCUUUUAGGCGAAGUGGAACUGUUCUGUGAGCGGAAUUGCUAUGGUUAGCACUAAUGCCAAUCAACACAGAGCAAACAUCGAUAAGAUACUUGGAG